AUCCUCAUCCUUCCUUUCUCCACACCCAUCUCUCUCCCUCUGAUCUCUCUCUCUCUGGUGUGUGUGUUGUGUGGGUGGGUCAUAUAGAACGAGAAAGAAAGAUGAGCAGCCUUCUUCUUCUCUUUCUUUCUUCUCUCCUCUUCCUGCAGGGCACACAUGGCCUCUGCGUGCCUCGGCCUCACCAUUUCAAGGCCAAGCAGACGGUCCAGCCACCGGCUUCGGUGGCGCCGCCGCCGCCGGUCAAUGCCUUUGUCGUAGCCCUCUGCAAGAACAGCAGCUACCCGGACGAAUGUGUGUCUGCAGUGCGGCCGUAUCUCCCGGAAAACGGCGAGGUUGGUGCGAAGGAGAUGCUCAUCAUGCACGUUAAUGCUAGUAGGUCCAGGCUCAGUCAGGCUAAUGCCAAAGCAGACGAGGUUCUACGCGAUACAACGAUAUCACCAGAGGUGAGGACCUGCGUGGAGACUUGCAAGGAGAACUACGACGACUCCAGUAGCAACUUGGACGCCGCGUUGGACGCCAUGGCGAAGUCCGACGGCGCCACAUUGAACGUCAUGCUGAGCGCGGCCAUGACGGACGUGGAGACAUGCGACGAUGGGUUCGACGAGUUCCCCGGCUUGAUUUCGCCGCUGAGCCGACAUGAUCUGGAGCUACAACACCUUAUGAGCAAUUGCCUCUACUUCGGAACCAUUCUCUGAGCUUGGUCGGACUGGUUCGCCUCUUUUAUCUCCCAAGGUUGCUCCUAUAUAGACAAGUAUUGUCCGCUUUGUAAUGGGGAAUGAAUGGAUAUCUCAUGUAAAUAAAAAGGCAGGGCGGGCUUCCCGUGGUUAUGUUUUCCUCAUCUUCUUUAUGCAUGCCCUGCCCUCACACAUAUAUUGGCAAUUUCAUGGCCUAAUGCAAGUAUGAUGUUCUUGGAAAAAUCCCGGCAAGGAGAAACGU